AUGUUUUUCAUCGGUGAUUACGCUCUCUUUACAUUCCUAGCAGGAUCACAAAGAACAUUUGCCCUGUCUCCUCUCGAAAGUUUCUACCCAAUCGGUCUCAAUGAUACUUUAUACAUCAGCAAUACUUCCCUUGGAUCGUAUGGUGGAAUUUAUUAUGCUCCCGGAAAGACUAUAAGUUUGAAUGUAAGAUACGGCGCAUAUGACUACUGCUCUAUGCCCCAUCCAAGAAUACCUGAAUAUCAACUUCCCGCACCUAUAGCAAACGGUAGUGUGAAGGCGGAGAUUGUUUAUUUAGAGUAUUUACAAAGACAUCAAAGGAGGACCAUGUAUAAUGUUCUUCCUAGUGGAGAGAUCGUACCAUUCAAUUGCUCAGAUGUUCUCCCAUAUCUUUAUGCUGGACCUCACGACCCUUCCUCUCAGCAGCCGAUUAAAGUAUAUGCCCAAACGUAUACCGAUCCAAGCAAUCCGUUCCUCGGCACAUAUGUUCCUGGCACUUGUCAGUACCCACAGCUUACAAUCGGCGGUCUAUUAGACGGCUACCGGCAUGGUCAAGACCUUGCAAGGGUGUACGGAGCGACUGGCAAACUGAGUCUUUUUCCCACAACUCCGUCACCAGAAACUGCCUACUUUCGCUCGUCAGAAUCGCCUUUGACGCAACAAAGCGCUGGGGGUGUUUUGCGUGGAAUUUGGUCUAGUUUUAAAGGAUCGAUACCUCUUCACCAACAAGCCACCUCUCUCGACACAGUCAAUGCGGGGUAUUCUUGUCCUGCCAUUUCUUCCACGUUGGCAGAAAUCAAAUCCACAACUGAAUGGCAAGCUCACCUUACCGCCACAUCGACUCUCCGCACCACUCUUGGAAGUGUUUUUGACGCAGAUUCGAGUGCAUGGCAAGGCACGAUGGAUCAUUUCGCGGAUAACUUCCAAGCUCGGCUCUGUAAUGGCUACUCGCUCCCCUGCUCUCCAACCAAUGCCUCGAACUGCGUAACUCGAGAAAUGGCCGACGAGGUUUUUAGAGCUGGGGACUGGGAGUGGAACUACUACUGGAGAGCCAAUCCAUAUGUUCAAAAAUACAUUCAAGUCGUGGAGGGGCCAUUUAUUGGGGAAAUCGUAUCCCGGUUAGAACGUGUGUCGAACGGCGCGAUCCAAGAGGGAAAGUACAGUCAUAUAUUUGUACAUGAUGGUGAUAUUGGUCCAGUGGCAGGUGCUCUUGGAAUCAAUGCUUUGAGGUGGCCUGGAAUGGGGAGUAAUAUUGCUUUCGAGGUUUGGAAGGUUGAGGAUUAUACAAAAGCGUAUUGUGAUACUUACUUUGUACGAGUCCUGUAUAGUGGGAAACCCAUGGAGUCAAUCCAUGGAGACAUGGACUGGAUGCCAUUGGAGUCUCUAUUGGAAAUUCUCAGGCAAUUUGUGCCGAAGGAUAUCGUGGCACUAUGUAAUAGUUAG